AUAUUCUAUUCAGGCUGUGUACGGAUACCCCUGUGUCAUUGAAGGACCCCGAACAGCCAAGAUGGCUGCGCCCGGAGAAAUCAACGGGGAGUUUGAAAACUGGUUAAAUGAACGAUUAGAUUCCCUUGAAGUAGACAGGGAUAUAUAUUCCGUUUACAUUCACGGUGUUCUUCAGGAAGAGGAGAAUGAUGAAGAAAAGAUUGACGCCUUACGAGGCAUUCUGUCCGCUUUUCUGGAAGAAGAUGCAUUAGAAACUGUCUGUCAGGAGAUCAUAAAGCAAUGGACCGACUAUUGUGCCAAGACUAAAGUCACUCAGAAGGCAGAUGCGGAGGUGCAAGCCAUUGCUAGCCUGAUUGAGAAGCAGGCUCAGAUCGUUGUGAAGCAGAAAGAAGUCUCUGUGGAGGAGAAGACACGAAAACAAGCCCUACUACAGCAGUAUGCCCAAAUCACUGAUGAUGAAGAUGAAGAUGAAGAGGAACCCUCCGGAGCUAUGGCCAUCCCCAGUGACAAAUCCCUCUUUAAAAACACUAACGUAGAGGAAGUGCUUUGUCGUAAAAAGCAGCAGCGGGAGCAGGCCAAAGAGGACUCUCAGAAGAAGAAGGAGCAGGACAAGAUGCAGCGGGAGAAGGACAAGCUGGCCAAGCAAGAGCGCAAGGACAAGGAGAAGAAACGCACACAGAAAGGAGAACGCAAAAGAUAAAGCAACCAGACGGGAUGGGACGCAGGACGGAGUAUCUCAGAUCAAAAGUAACGGACUACUCAGAUAUCACAUAUUCGCACCUCAAUUGCCAUUUUCCUUAUACCGAAAUAAACAUUUUCCAGAAGUUUGCGCUUUUGGUGGAUGUCACUGGAAGGAAAUUAGAUAUUUUCUUCCAGACCUUCCAUGUUACGUCUAAGUGUACUUUGCUUUACUCUCCCGAAGAGAUCUGCUGUCAACGUAAAGCCCACAUGCAGAACGUUUUUCUUUUGCCAUAACACACGAUGUCGAUGUCAGUAUGAUUUUUGAUAUUGAAUUAAUUCAGGGUGACAAUAUGCAUGUAUCAUCUCUCCAAAACAGCUCUGCCUUAAAUGCAUAUGAUUGCUGUAACGUAAGUAAGGGUCAUCUGUGUUAAGAUUACGUAUGAAUAGAAGGGCUUCAUGUCAGAUCAGUUGUUUGAGCCUCAGAGGAACAGGAGGAAAGGAGAACUUGCUUUUGUUCAAAUAUAGAAGUUAAAUAGUUUAUUCAACCCUGGAAAUACUUUUGAAUUUUUUACAGAUUUUUUACAACCUUUUCCCUCUGGCUCCCUGCAACAAGUAGAGCCUAAUCCCGCCCGUUCCUCUCAGUGUAACUGAUGGCUUCAUGAUGGUUACAGUAGGAGGCGCUGGACAUUGUGCCACUCCAGAGAGCCGCUCUGUGCCACUUGAAAUUUGGAAGCGCUAACUUUGGAAGCGGUUCCUUUCAGUUGUAUACUAACAUCAUUUUUAUCAGCUGUGCAGUAGAAGUAGGUAUACCAAACGUCAAGUUGACAAUUAUAGAGUUUAAACAGUUUCAGACAUUAUAAAGAAAGUGGACUGCAUUCAUCGCCAUGAUUGAUCUCGUUUUAUUUCCAGCUAAAGUAAGACUAUGAAUAUUGAUUAAUUCUGAUUAUGAAUCAUUAUUAAUCAUCAUAAUUAACUGUUAAACAAGCACAGAUGUAUUAAGUUGAAGUAAAUGAAAAUAUAACCUAGCAAGACUGCCCUAAUAUGACUAGAUUUAGAGCAAUCUUGCGCUGGACUUAUUCACAGACAUUAGGUGAAGAAUGAGAUCAAUUGGGGGAUUGGGUUAACCAUGCUGUUUCUUCUAUAUUUUCUAAGAAAGUGCAAACAGAUCUGUUUUUAGUAGUUGGAAUGUCAUCUGUAUGUGAGAAUAUUGCAGUGGCAUCUGAUCCAGUUAAGCUGCAUGAAAUAAGGUUGCAUCGUGUGUUCUCCACCUGUAUGGUCAUACUGUACUUCAUUUGAACUGGUUACAAGAUUACAACACACUGAAAGAGUGUGUGAGCCAUCAGUGUCCUAGAAAUUGGGCACCCCUGUCUUGGGCAAACCGUGUGUGUGAUGUUUUGCACAUCUGACGUAUAUGUGACAUUUAAAGGCAUGUUAAAGGAAAGGAGAGGCUGAAACCAAGGAUGGUAUGGCAAGCCACUGUAAGUGCUCUUUACCACCAUGCACAAAUCUUCUGGAGUAAAGCUGGAGACCUUUGUUCCACCCCCUCCUAACAAAGAUCUUAAUCCUGUUGAACAUUUAUAUUCUCAGAGUUGUUUUAUACUUAAAUAAAGUGAGCAGAGAACAGUGGUGUUUUGGGGUGUUUAUUUAAGUAACUAAUUACAGAAGGUUCUGAUUGACAUGAAUGCUC